AUGCACAUUGUAUUUUAUUGUAGUAUACUCUUGUUGUUUCUUGUAUUAGCUCUAGGGCAAUCAACUUACGGAGAGCAUCGACUUGUUGCCUAUGUGGUUGAUUGGGAUAUUCCUAAAUUCAUCGCAUGGGAUAAGCUGGACCAUAUCGCUUACGCUUUUGCAGUCCCAAACAGUCGAGGAGACCUGGUGUCAUUUAAUGAAGCACAACUUCAAUCUGUGGUUCAAGAAGCACAUCAACAUGGAAAAGGCAUCAGUCUUGGUAUUGGAGGUUGGACUGGCUCUUUGCAUUUUAGCACCUUAAUUCGCACACGAAAGUCUCGAAGAAGUUUCGUUACAAAACUUGCAAAAGCAAUGGAGAAAUAUGAUUUAGAUGGUUUGAAUAUUGAUUGGGAAUAUCCUAAUGAUCCCAAUGGCAUUUCUUGUAACAAAAAAAACCCCAAGGAUACAGAAAACUUUUUAUUGUUUAUUUUGGAGCUACGUCAAAUGUUGGACUCAACUUAUGUUGACCAACAUAAACUAAUCACAGCAGCUGUUAGUACAGAUGUUUUUAAAGAUCAAGAUCAAAAGCCUAUAGCCAAACUAGACAAACGAUGGGCAGAAGCAAUGGAUGCAUUUUAUAUCAUGGCAUAUGAUAUCAGUGGCUCAUGGAGUGAUUUCACUGCUUCGAAUGCCCCUUUGUACUCUGAUAAACAAAGUAUAAGCGGAAGCUCCUCUAUUGAAGCAUGGAUUCGCGCCGGUAUUCCUUCUCAACGCAUCUAUUUGGGUGUUCCAUUUUACGGCUACACGCACAAGACACUUGCCUCCCAACCAGGUAUGAACAUCAAGCUCGAUCGGUCCAUUCCACAGAUCAAAGGAGAUACAUAUGAUGACUAUCUCGCUGAUCCCUGUCCUGAUGCUAAACCUACUUUCUCUGGUCAAAUCCAAUGGCGUUCCAUUAACAAUAUGGGCAUUCAACGCAAUGAGUCUGGCUGGACAACUAUGUUUGAUCAGAAAUCCAUGACGCCUUUUGCCAAUCACCCAACAGGCCAAUUCAUCACAUUUGACAAUCAAGAGAGUCUACAAUUCAAGACAAAAUAUGCUCAAGACCAUCAAUUGGGCGGUGUUAUGCUUUGGUCUCUUGAGAUGGAUGAUACAGACCAUACCUUACUGAAUGCACUUCAAGCGAUCCGUGUUUAA